GCCGCCAUGGCGCCGCCGCCGCGCUGACCGCGCUGCGCCGCCAUGGCCGGGGCCAUCGCGUCCCGCAUGAGCUUCAGCUCCCUCAAGCGCAAGCAGCCCAAGACCUUCACGGUGCGCAUCGCCACCAUGGACGCCGAGAUGGAGUUCAGCUGCGAGGUGAAGUGGAAAGGGAAGGACCUGUUUGAUCUGGUGUGCAGGACCCUGGGGCUGCGGGAGACCUGGUUCUUUGGGCUGCAGUACACCAUCAAGGACACGGUGGCUUGGCUCAAAAUGGACAAAAAGGUCCUGGAUCAUGAUGUUCCCACAGAAGAGCCCAAAACUUUUCACUUCCUGGCCAAAUUUUAUCCUGAGAAUGCAGAGGAGGAAUUGGUCCAGGAAAUCACCCAGCACCUGUUCUUCCUGCAGGUGAAGAAGCAGAUUUUGGAUGAGAAGAUCUUCUGUCCUCCUGAAGCCUCUGUCCUGCUGGCCUCCUAUGCUGUCCAAGCCAAGUACGGUGACUACGAUCCCAACGUGCACAAGAGAGGCUUCCUGGCACAGGAGGAGCUGCUUCCCAAGCGGGUAAUAAACCUGUACCAGAUGACUCCAGAGAUGUGGGAGGAAAGGAUAACAGCCUGGUACGCAGAGCACCGGGGCAGAGCCAGAGAUGAAGCUGAAAUGGAGUAUCUGAAGAUAGCCCAGGACCUGGAAAUGUACGGCGUCAACUACUUCGCCAUCAGGAAUAAAAAGGGCACAGAGCUGCUCCUUGGAGUUGAUGCCUUGGGUCUGCACAUUUAUGACCCAGACAACAGGUUGACCCCUAAAAUCUCCUUCCCAUGGAACGAGAUCCGGAAUAUCUCCUACAGUGAUAAAGAGUUUACGAUUAAGCCAUUGGACAAAAAGAUUGAUGUUUUUAAAUUCAAUUCAUCAAAGCUGCGUGUGAAUAAGCUGAUCCUUCAGCUGUGCAUUGGGAACCACGACCUCUUCAUGAGGAGGAGGAAGGCAGACUCGUUGGAGGUGCAGCAGAUGAAGGCACAGGCCAGGGAGGAGAAGGCCAGGAAGCAGAUGGAGCGACAGUGCCUGGCACGAGAGAAGCAAAUGAGAGAAGACGCUGAGAGGACCAGGGAUGAGCUGGAGAGGAGGCUGAUGCAGCUGAAGGAGGAGGCAACCAUGGCCAACGAGGCUCUGAUGAGGUCGGAGGAGACGGCGGAUCUGCUGGCGGAGAAGGCGCAGAUCACGGAGGAGGAGGCCAAGCUGCUGGCGCAGAAGGCGGCCGAGGCCGAGCAGGAGAUGCAGCGCAUCAAGGCCACGGCCAUCCGCACCGAGGAGGAGAAGAGGCUGAUGGAGCAGAAGGUGCUGGAGGCCGAGAUGUUGGCACUGAAAAUGGCCGAGGAGUCAGAGAGGAGGGCAAAGGAGGCUGAUCAGCUCAAGCAGGACCUGCAGGAGGCUCGCGAGUCGGAGCGCAGAGCCAAGCAGAAGCUCCUGGAGAUCACCAGCAAGUCUUCCUACACACAGUCCAUGAACUCGAGUACCACAGCACUGCCCACUGACCUGCCCAGCUACAACCUCAUCAGUGAGAGCCUCUCCUUCGACUUCAAGGAUACAGACAUGAAGAGGCUGUCCAUGGAAAUCGAGAAGGAGAAGGUGGAGUACAUGGAGAGGAGCAAGCACCUGCAGGAGCAGCUCAACGAGCUGAAGACAGAAAUUGAGGCACUGAAGCUCAAGGAGAGGGAGACAGCUCUGGAUAUUUUGCACAACGAGAACUCCAGCCGGGGCAACAGCAAGCACAACACUAUUAAAAAGCCUCAAGCCCAGGGCAGAAGACCUAUCUGCAUUUGAGAAUUCCAACUCACCCUGCAGAGCACCAAGUCGCGGGUGGCGUUCUUCGAGGAGCUCUAGGGAGGAACCGCUGGCGCCGC